GCCCGCGCCGGCUGCUCUGUACGAGGGGAGGAGAGGGAGCCCCAGGCGCGAGCCGGGACCUGCAGCCACAACUUCUCUCCCUGCUCCUUCCCCUCUGCCCCUCUACCUGUCCCCGUCCCCAUCCUCCGACCCCUAUCUUCUUUAAGGCGUCACCCCCCUGGAGGCACUGGAAGGGACUCCUCCCGCAGGUUUCGGAACGAACUGAACUUGGUGGCAACUUGCCUCGUGGUGAGGGCGUCCCUCCCCGCACCAUCUCAAGAUGCUCAGGGGUCCAGGGCCCGGGCUGCUGCUGCUUGCCGUCCUGUCCCUGGGGGUAGCGGUGUCCUCCACCGGAGCCUGGAGGAGCAAGAGGCAGGCUCAGCAACUCAUUCAGCCUCAGUCCCCGGUGGUUGUCAGCCAAAACAAGCCUGGUUGUUUUGACAAUGGGAAUCACUAUCAGAUAAACCAACAAUGGGAACGCACCUACCUGGGCAAUACCUUGGUUUGUACCUGUUAUGGAGGGAGCCGAGGCUUUAACUGUGAGAGUAAACCUGAAGCUGAAGAGACUUGCUUUGACAAGUACACUGGGAACACCUACCGGGUGGGAGACACUUAUGAACGCCCUAAAGACUCCAUGAUCUGGGACUGCACCUGCAUUGGGGCUGGGCGAAGAAGAAUAAGCUGUACCAUUGCAAACCGCUGCCACGAAGGGGGUCAGUCCUACAAGAUCGGUGACACCUGGAGGAGGCCACAUGAGACUGGUGGUUACAUGUUAGAGUGUGUGUGUCUUGGUAACGGAAAAGGAGAAUGGACCUGCAAGCCCAUCGCUGAGAAAUGUUUUGACCACGCUGCUGGGACAUCCUAUGUUGUCGGGGAAACCUGGGAGAAGCCCUAUCAAGGAUGGAUGAUGGUGGAUUGUACCUGUCUGGGGGAAGGCAGUGGACGCAUCACCUGUACCUCUAGAAACAGAUGCAACGACCAGGACACCAGGACGUCCUAUAGAAUCGGAGACACCUGGAGCAAGAAGGACAACCGGGGGAACCUGCUCCAGUGCCUCUGCACGGGCAACGGCAGAGGGGAGUGGAAGUGUGAAAGGCACUCGUCCCUGCAGACCACGGGCACCGGACCUGACACCUACGCAGAUGUUCGAAUGGCGAUUUACCAGCCUCAGCCUCACCCCCAGCCUGCUCCGUACGGUCACUGUGUCACAGACAGUGGUGUGGUUUACUCGAUAGGGAUGCAGUGGCUGAAGACACAAGGAAACAAGCAGAUGCUUUGCACUUGCCUGGGCAAUGGAGUCAGCUGCCAAGAGACAGCUGUAACGCAGACGUACGGUGGCAAUUCCAACGGGGAGCCCUGUGUCCUACCGUUCACCUACAACGGCAGGACUUUCUACUCCUGCACCAGUGAAGGGCGGCAGGAUGGCCAUCUCUGGUGCAGCACGACUUCCAACUAUGAACAAGACCAGAAAUACUCUUUCUGUACAGACCAUACUGUGUUGGUUCAAACUCGAGGAGGAAACUCCAACGGCGCCCUGUGCCAUUUCCCCUUCCUGUACAACAACCACAACUACACUGACUGCACCUCCGAAGGCAGGAGAGACAACAUGAAAUGGUGUGGGACCACACAGAACUAUGACGCUGACCAGAAGUUUGGAUUCUGCCCCAUGGCUGCCCAUGAAGAAAUCUGUACAACCAACGAAGGGGUCAUGUAUCGCGUGGGAGAUCAGUGGGACAAACAGCAUGACAUGGGACACAUGAUGAGGUGCACAUGUGUGGGGAACGGUCGUGGGGAAUGGACCUGUGUCGCCUACUCCCAGCUCCGAGAUCAAUGCAUAGUUGACGACAUCACUUACAACGUGAAUGACACCUUUCACAAACGUCAUGAGGAGGGACACAUGCUGAACUGUACCUGCUUCGGUCAGGGCCGGGGCAGAUGGAAGUGCGAUCCCAUUGACCAGUGCCAAGAUUCAGAAACCCGAACAUUUUAUCAAAUUGGAGACUCAUGGGAGAAGUAUGUGCAUGGCGUCAGGUACCAGUGCUACUGCUAUGGCCGUGGCAUCGGGGAAUGGCACUGCCAACCUUUACAGUCCUAUCCAGGCGCCUCUGGCCCUGUCCAGGUGAUCAUCACUGAGACCCCCAGCCACCCCAACUCUCACCCCAUCCAGUGGAAUGCACCCGAACCAUCUCACAUUUCCAAGUACAUCCUCAGAUGGAAACCAAAAAAUUCUCCUGGCCGUUGGAAGGAAGCCACCAUUCCAGGCCACUUAAACUCAUACACCAUUAAAGGCCUGAGACCAAAUGUGGUGUAUGAGGGACAGCUCAUAAGUGUCCAGCAGUACGGCCACAAAGAAGUGACCCGCUUUGACUUCACCACCACCAGCACGAGCUCACCCGUGACCAGCAACACUGUGACGGGAGAGACAACACCCAUUCCGCCCGUUGUGGCCACUUCUGAAUCGGUGACUGAGAUCACGGCCAGCAGCUUUGUGGUCUCGUGGGUCUCUGCUUCGGACACCGUGUCAGGGUUCCGUGUGGAGUACGAGCUGAGUGAAGAGGGCGAUGAGCCACAGUACCUCGAUCUUCCAAGCACGGCCACUUCUGUGAACAUCCCUGACCUGCUGCCUGGCCGGAAAUACAUUGUGAAUGUCUAUCAGAUAUCUGAGGAAGGGGAGCAGAGCUUGAUCCUAUCUACUUCACAGACAACAGCACCCGAUGCCCCUCCUGAUCCUACCGUGGAUCAAGUUGAUGACACCUCCAUUGUCGUGCGCUGGAGCCGACCCCAGGCACCCAUCACAGGAUACAGAAUCGUGUAUGCACCCUCAGUAGAAGGUAGUAGCACAGAACUGAACCUUCCAGAAACCGCCAACUCUGUGACCCUCAGUGACCUGCAGCCUGGCGUCCAGUACAACAUCACCAUCUACGCCGUGGAAGAGAACCAGGAAAGCACCCCAGUGUUCAUCCAGCAAGAAACCACCGGCGUCCCUCGCCCCGAUAAAGUUCCCCCGCCGCGGGAUCUGCAGUUCGUGGAAGUGACAGACGUGAAGGUCACCAUCAUGUGGACACCCCCUGACAGUGCAGUGACCGGUUACCGUGUGGACGUGAUCCCCGUCAACCUGCCCGGAGAGCACGGACAGAGGCUGCCCGUGAGCAGGAACACCUUCGCAGAGGUCAUGGGGCUGACCCCUGGGGUCACUUACCACUUCAAGAUCUUUGCCGUGAACCACGGGAGGGAGAGCAAGCCUCUGAUAGGAGAACAGACAACCAAAUUGGAUGCUCCCACUAACCUACAGUUUUUGAAUGAAACCGACUCGACUGUCAUAGUGACCUGGACGCCACCUAGGGCCCGGAUAGCUGGGUACCGGCUGACCGUGGGCCUGACACGGGGAGGCCAGCCCAAGCAGUACAACGUGGGGCCCUCCGCCUCCCAGUACCCCCUGAGGAAUCUGCAGCCCGGGUCCGAGUACACCGCAACCCUCGUGGCUGUAAAAGGCAACCAGCAGAGCCCCAAAGCCACUGGAGUCUUCACUACACAGCAGCCCAGGGGCUCCAUUCCGCCUUACAACACAGAGGUGACGGAGACCACCAUUGUGAUUACAUGGACACCUGCUCCCAGGAUUGGCUUCAAGCUGGGGGUCCGACCGAGCCAGGGAGGGGAAGCCCCACGAGAAGUGACUUCAGACUCGGGCAGCAUCGUUGUGUCUGGCCUGACGCCAGGCGUGGAAUACGUGUACACAGUCACAGUCCUCAGAGAUGGGCAGGAAAGGGACACGCCCAUUGUAAACAGAGUGGUGACGCCGUUGUCUCCACCAACGAACCUGCACCUGGAGGCAAACCCCGAAACGGGAGUGCUUACAGUGUCCUGGGAAAGGAGCACCACCCCGGACAUCAGUGGUUAUAGAAUCACCACCACCCCAACGAAUGGCCAGCAGGGAUACGCUUUGGAAGAAGUGGUUCAUGCAGAUCAGAGUUCCUGUACUUUUGACAACCUGAGUCCCGGCCUGGAGUACAAUGUCAGUGUUUACACUGUCAAAGAUGACAAGGAAAGUGUCCCUAUCUCUGAUACCAUCAUCCCAGCUGUCCCUUCUCCCACUGACCUGCGGUUCACCAACGUUGGUCCAGACACUAUUCGGGUCACCUGGGCCCCACCCUCAUCCAUUGAAUUGACCAGCUUCCUGGUGCGCUACUCCCCUGUGAAAAACGAGGAGGACGUGGCGGAACUGUCCAUUUCUCCAUCAGACAACGCGGUGGUCUUAACAAAUCUUCUGCCUGGCACAGAAUAUUUGGUCAGCGUCUCCAGUGUUUAUGAACAACACGAGAGCACACCUCUCAGGGGAAGACAGAGAACAGGUCUCGAUUCCCCAACUGGCAUUGACUUUUCUGAUAUAACUGCCAACUCUUUCACUGUCCAUUGGAUUGCUCCUCGAGCCACCAUCACCGGCUAUAGGAUUCGCCAUCAUCCUGAACACUCCGGUGGAAGACCUCGAGAAGAUCGAGUGCCCCCCUCUCGGAACUCCAUCACCCUCACCAACCUCAAUCCGGGCACAGAAUACGUGGUCAGCAUUGUUGCACUUAACGGCAGAGAGGAAAGUCCCUCGUUGGUUGGCCAGCAAUCAACAGUUUCGGAUGUUCCAAGGGACCUGGAAGUUAUUGCCACAACCCCCACCAGCCUAUUGAUCAGCUGGGAUGCUCCUGCUGUCACUGUGAGAUAUUACAGGAUCACCUAUGGAGAAACAGGAGGAGCCAGCCCGGUCCAGGAGUUCACUGUGCCUGGGAGCAAGUCCACAGCUACCAUCACUGGCCUUAAACCCGGAGUGGACUACACCAUCACUGUGUAUGCUGUCACUGGCCGUGGGGACAGCCCGGCAAGCAGCAAGCCAGUUUCCAUUGAUUACCGAACAGAAAUUGACAAACCCUCCCAGAUGCAGGUGACCGAUGUUCAGGACAACAGCAUCAGUGUCAGGUGGCUGCCUUCGAGCUCCCCUGUCACUGGCUACAGAGUAACCACUACCCCCAAAAAUGGCCUGGGACCAACAAAAUCAAAAACUACAGGUCCAGACCAAACAGAAAUGACCAUCGAAGGCUUACAGCCCACAGUGGAGUAUGUGGUUAGUGUCUAUGCUCAGAGUCAAAACGGAGAGAGUCAGCCUCUGGUCGAGACUGCAGUAACCAACAUUGACCGCCCUAAAGGACUGGCAUUCACUGCUGUGGAUGUCGAUUCCAUCAAAAUUGUCUGGGAAAGCCCACAGGGGCAAGUUUCCAGGUACAGGGUGACCUACUCAAGCCCUGAGGAUGGAAUCCAUGAGCUAUUCCCUGCACCUGAUGGUGAAGAAGACACUGCAGAGCUGAAAGGCCUCAGGCCUGGUUCUGAGUACACAGUCAGUGUGGUUGCCUUGCACGAUGAUAUGGAGAGCCAGCCCCUGAUUGGAACCCAGUCCACAGCCAUUCCUGCACCAACCAACCUGAAGUUCACUCAGGUCACCCCAACGAGCCUGACUGCCCAGUGGACAGCACCCAAUGUUCAGCUCACUGGAUAUCGGGUGCGGGUGACCCCCAAGGAGAAGACAGGACCGAUGAAAGAAAUUAACCUUGCUCCUGAUAGCUCAUCUGUGGUUGUAUCAGGACUCAUGGUGGCCACCAAAUAUGAAGUGAGUGUCUACGCUCUUAAGGACACUUUGACAAGCAGACCAGCUCAGGGAGUUGUCACUACUCUGGAGAAUGUCAGCCCUCCAAGGAGGGCCCGUGUGACAGAUGCUACUGAGACCACCAUCACCAUUAGCUGGAGAACCAAGACGGAGACGAUCACCGGCUUCCAGGUGGACGCCGUACCAGCAGGCGGCCAGACUCCCAUUCAGAGAACCAUCAGCCCGGAUGUCAGGAGCUACACCAUCACAGGUUUACAACCCGGCACUGACUACAAGAUCUACUUGUACACCCUGAAUGACAAUACCCGGAGCUCCCCUGUCACCAUCGACGCCUCCACUGCCAUCGAUGCGCCAUCCAAUCUACAUUUUCUGGCCACCACACCCAACUCCUUGCUGUUGUCAUGGCAGCCGCCCCGGGCCAGGAUUACUGGUUACAUCAUCAAGUAUGAGAAGCCGGGGUCCCCUCCCAGAGAAGUGGUCCCGCGGCCCCGCCCUGGCGUCACAGAGGCUACUAUUACUGGUCUGGAACCAGAAACCGAGUACACAAUCCAGAUCAUUGCCCUUAAGAACAACCAGAAGAGUGAGCCUCUGAUCGGAAGGAAAAAGACAGAUGAGCUUCCCCAACUGGUAACCCUUCCACACCCCAAUCUUCAAGGACCAGAGAUCUUGGAUGUUCCCUCCACAGCUCAAAAGACCCCUGGGUAUGGCACUGGCAACGGUAUUCAGCUUCCUGGCACUGCGGGUCAGCAGCCCAGUGUUGGGCAACAAAUGAUCUUUGAGGAGCAUGGUUUUAGGCGGACCGCACCGCCCACAACGGCCACCCCUAUAAGGCAUAGGCCAGGAUCAUAUCCACCGAAUGUAAAUGAGGAGAUCCAAAUUGGUCAUGUCCCCAGGGGAGACGUAGACCAUCACCUCUACCCUCACGUUCUGGGACUCAAUCCAAAUGCCUCUACAGGACAAGAAGCUCUCUCUCAGACAACCAUCUCUUGGACCCCAUUCCAGGAAAGCUCUGAGUAUAUAAUUUCAUGUCAUCCAGUUGGCAUUGAUGAAGAACCCUUACAGUUCCGAGUUCCUGGAACUUCUGCUAGUGCCACCCUGACGGGUCUCACGAGAGGGACCACCUACAAUAUCAUUGUGGAAGCGCUGAAGGACCAGCAGAGGCACAAGGUUCGGGAGGAGGUUGUCACUGUGGGCAACUCGGUUGACCAAGGCCUCACGGCGCCUACGGAUGACUCGUGCUUCGACCCCUACACGGUGUCCCAUUAUGCCAUUGGAGAGGAGUGGGAGCGGCUGUCUGAAUCUGGCUUUAAACUCUCGUGCCAGUGCUUAGGCUUUGGCAGUGGUCAUUUCAGAUGUGACUCAUCUAAAUGGUGCCAUGACAACGGUGUAAACUACAAGAUCGGGGAGAAGUGGGACCGCCAGGGAGAGAACGGCCAGAUGAUGAGCUGCACGUGUCUUGGAAACGGGAAAGGAGAAUUCAAGUGUGACCCGCAUGAAACGACGUGCUACGACGAUGGGAAGACGUACCACGUGGGGGAGCAGUGGCAGAAGGAGUAUCUCGGGGCCAUCUGCUCCUGCACAUGCUUUGGAGGCCGGCGGGGCUGGCGCUGUGACAACUGCCGCAGACCAGGGGCUGAAGCGGGACACGAAGGCCCCACCGGUCACUCCUACAACCAGAAUCCUCAGCGAUACCAUCAGAACUCAAACACUAAUGUCAACUGCCCAAUUGAGUGCUUCAUGCCUUUAGAUGUACAGGCUGACAGAGAAGACUCCCGGGAGUGAUAUUUCCAACCCAGAAAGCGAGCGUGGAUCUUUGCCAAGGCCAUCCAAACUGGAGUGACGUUAGCAGACCCCAUCUUAGAGUGUGUGUUUCUUUCUUAAGCCCUUUGCUCUGGAGAGUAACUUCUCCAGCUUCAGCUCAACUCACAGCUUCUCCAAGCAUCACCCUGGGAGUGUUUUGAGACUUUUCUCAUAAAAGGGCAGUUCAUUGCCUGUAGUAUUCAACACCGUAUUUUAAGUGAAGCGAUUCUACCUUGUGAUUCGGUUUAGCAUCCGAAGGGAAGCACAUGCACCAACCCAGAUGCAACAUGUGCUGAAAUGGUAUAACCACAGCUUUAAGUAGGAAAGUUGCCCAAACACUUCUGCUUCCACUUAACCGGCCCGCAACAUUGUAGGAACGGCAUGCCCUUGUUACUGAGAUAUUUAAAAUAUCCACAGCGCUCACUUUUUCCAAAUGAUUCUAGUAAAUGCCUAGAAAUAUCUUCUCUUUCCUGUUAUUUAUCAAUUUUUCCCAGUAUUUUUAUAUGGAAAAAAAAAAUUUGCAUUGAAGACACUUAGUAUGCAGUUGAUAAGAGAAAUUUGGUUUAAUUAUGGUUGGUGAUUAUUUUUUAUACUGUACAUGCCAAAGCUUUACUACUGUGGAAAGACAACUGUUUAAUAAAAGA